AUGUCAUUCCGAUCCACACCGCUGUUGCUGACCACCUCAUUCGCUGCCGCAGGCCUGGCCCUGGCCGGCACCGCGUUCGCCCAUGGCACCAUGACCACGCCGGUCAGCCGCGUCUAUGCCUGUUUCCAGGGCAACCCGGAGAACCCGACCAACCCGGCCUGCGCCGCCGCAAAGGCAGUGGGCGGUUCGCAGGCGUUCUACGACUGGAACGGCAUCAACCAGGCCAGUGCCAACGGCAACCACCAG